AUGAUUUUCGUUGGCCUGUGGCAAUUCAUUGUCAUAAACGGAAACACGGAGAGAUAGCAGGGGGCAAGAUCCACUUGGCAAUGAAUAUUCAUGAGGACAACUACCUGUAAGGUAGCUCCGCCGGUGUGAAGGUAGGGCAGUAGUCGCUUCUACCUGUGCAGCGCUAUGUGUCCACCUGUCGGUAGCUAUGGCGUCCGGCCAUUCCACCCGGGUGCUCGGAUGUAAAAACAGGAUACACAGGAAUGUACAAGUAUUCAAUCUCAAUUUCUUGGAUAUAACACAAUCUGCGGUUGGAAAAUGACAACGCCCAGGAAAUCCAUGUCAGUCUGUUGCUGCAAGAUGCGCAGGGCGUGGCCAGUGAUCAUGCUAGUGCUGGUGCUGUUGGUCUCUACCGAGUUCUUCCUGGGUGGCCUGAGUCUGCUGACCAGAAGCAAGGCAGACGUGAACGUGGAGCUGCAGGACGGGUACUCUGACGUCAAGUCUCUCAUCGACUUGACGCCGGGCCGUGUCGGUAACCGGGGUACGUCUGGCCAGGUCCAGCAACCCGAGCGGAAGGAUAACCUCCCUGCGGGUACAGGCGAUGGUUUCCCGAGGGCAGGGGUCAAAGGUGGUGCAGCCAGCAACAAGAGGGCGCAGCCAACGUCGGCAGCAGUUUCCUCGGGGAGCAGCAGGAAUUCCACGUCGAAGGAGCCUCACGGAAACUGGAUUGUGGUGGAUUUUUCCAGCAAAGAUUGUCCCUCCCGUCAAAUGUUCCCUCCGGACUGGAAAGUUCUGGUUGUAGGACGCGAUACACCGCCCUCCGGUUGUGUCUCACCACUGUGCACAGUUUUUAACCCCGCCCCUCCUGCUACCCGCAAGAAGCCCUCACCGCUGGAGAAGGUGGCGUGGCAGCUAAACAAGGCGUACCUGUGGGCCAUCACUCAGGGGGCUGAGCAGCUCCUGGACUCGGACUGUCUGGCAGCCUCCAGCGAUGCCCUGCAGAUCCUCAGCCUGGACUCGACGACGGCAACGGGGCUGUUGUACAACGCCACCCGCCACUUCAACCCAUACGAGCACUUCGGCGCGUGGGGUGCAGUAUCGCGCGCUCGGCACGAGUCCCGGAACUUCACCUCGUCCUGGAACUCCCGCCAGUACGUCCUGCGCGACUUCACCAACGUGCUGGUCAAGCACGGCCUCAGCGACGGCGCCCACGACAUGGUUCAACGAGAGCAGUUUGUCGCUGGUGGGGAGCUGGACCCCAGCGACAUGAGUUUCGACUCGUCGGCGCCUCCUGUGUUCAUAGGUCACGAGACCUACUCGUCAGCUAUCUCCCAUUUCACCAUGUAUCACCAGAAGGCCUUCUGGGGCCUGCUGUUUCCCUGUCGGACACUAUCCCUGCGGUGCCGGGUCAUCCGCCAGGUCAUGACCCAGCGCAUGUUCAGGGAGCUCGACGCCUUCGCAGGCUUCUACCGCGUGACGACCACAGUCAGACCGCGGCGUGUCCGCCUGCCAGGUAUGUUGGGCACACACCUGCACAAGCUGGAAGAGGAUGUGAACCGCUGGGUGUGCCGCAAUCAGGCUUCUUUCUCCGAGUGCUUUGCGGAUUUGGCCAAGGUGCUGUGCACGCUGGACGACCUGGACUGCGGCGACCUGCAGAUCGUGGUCACGUGGCUGAGCGACCUGAAGGCUGCUGGACUUACAGAACCUGCUCGUGUCACCCGUGCAUGGCGUGGGGUCCGAAAGACUGGUGAAGUUACGGUAGCCCUGGGUAGUCUGAAGUUCAGUCUGGGUAGUGGGAGACAAGCCACAAAGCUUUUUCUUCAGACCGAGCUGGUCCAGCCGCUUCAAGCUGCGUGCAAAGGCAGUGACAGCGCCCAGAGCCUGCCGCCUGUGUCCCAGUGGACUUCGCCUGUCUACGACGACAUCGUGCUCGUGGUGGUCUUCAACUACAACAAGUUUCUGCUGGAAAAUCUGCCUUACCUGGAAGCUACGCACAGACCUUACUUCAAACAUAUCGUGUACUGUAUACCAAACGUGACGGAGAUGAUCGAGGAGCAAACCCUGCACCACGUGAUACUGAUCGAGGGUCUCAGCGUGGCCUGGUACUUGAUGUACGAGUGUCUAACCAACGCCGCCCGCAUCAACCUCCAGGGGGUGAGAGGCUACCUGCAGAUCGGCGACGACACUUUGCUGAGCACGUGGACGCUGCGGGACCUCCCGCUAGACUCGAUGUGGAUCCCACAGGGCACGUCCACGGAGCGUGCUGCGAAUGCCGAGCACCACUGGAAGUGGUACUGGUGGUCCAAGCCACAUGGCCGUCCUGGCGUCGUGCACGCGCUGGCCGAGCUGGAGGCCCUCAGCGGGCUGCUCAAGCAAGAGAAAGGAUUGGUCUGCCCCUCCUACUCCAAUGGUUUGUCCUCCCGCACCAACGCUAGCGCCUCCUGGAGGCUGACUACGAAAGGCCAGAGAACCUUCUCGGAUUUGCUCCAUCGCGGCAACAUCUCGCGGCCCAGGGAGCUGCCUGGGUCAGGGAGCUGGGCUCGACCUUCGACUGAGGACGCCACCCGGUUUGUAUGCAACUACUACGGUGCCAACCACAUGGCAGGCAAAGUGGUGCACCGCGCCGUGGACCUUUUCUACGUGCCGCAGACCAUGCGGGACUACUUCGUGGCCUUAGCGCGCCACUUCAUGCGCCAUCAGGUGCUGAUCGAGCUGGCCGUGCCGGUCAUCGCCAGCGGCCUGGAUGUCAAAGGUGGGCAAGUGCUGCACGUGAGUGUCAGCAGCCUGUGGAGCGCCGCCCGUGACCGCCCGCAAAACUUCUACAACGCCAAGAACGUCUUCCUGCAUCCCUUCAAGAUGCACGCCCAACUCUCCCAGCAGGACGGUAAGGACUUCUUUUGCGACGCGUACCUCGUCGACUUGUUUCGCAAGGACUGGCGAAAGCGGCGACCAGACUGAGGUGGAUGGAUUGGGAUAGGAAACAAAGUCAUCUGUGAAACUCUAAGCCAAGUACACAUGUGGGCUUACGUGAAAUCCAGGAAGUUCGACGGGUAUAAACUCGGUCCUCUUCAAAAUACCACUUCUGCUCAUGUCGUUAUCUUUAUAAGAGUUGCACGCAAAAUAAAGAAGGAAGAGGUACCGUUACAUUCCAUACACAGCGGCAUCUGUGGUGUCCGGACGGAGCGAAUACUUUCACAUUCCACACCUGGCAAAGCAUCCGAUGCUUAGGUAAAAAUAAUGACAGUCCACGCAUGGCCAUGGUCAGUGCUUACUUCCUCAAGUAUCAGACGCUUACCUUUCACGUGUAGCAGCUUAUCGUCAGACAUCAGAAAGCAACAUGGAAUCCAUUUGCAGCCUGAAAAAAAGAUAACUUGUCUUAAUCUUACCAGAACAAUAUCACAUGAACAUUCCGUAGAGUGACAGGAAAUGCACGAAAAUAAUUGCUUUUGUGGUCAAUUAUAUUUUUGACGAUGUUUCGGGGCGGACAGGUGAGUGAAUGCAUAAGGUAGACGAAAUAAUUAAGGCAAAAUCGAGAGUCAAGUGCCAGAGCCUCGGUUUCUCAACCGUCAUGAUGUUAGACCAGACCUGGGCAAACGCCGGCCCGCGGGCCGGAUCCGGCCCGCCUCCUGUCUCUGACCGGCCCGCCCGCUGGCCGCCCACCAGUAAAUAUACUAUAUAUACAGUAUUGGGUAAAACUGAGUUAACUAUAUUAGUCCGGCCCUCUAGAACCAUCCCAGUUUCUCAUCCGGCCCUCUAGAACCAUUCCAGUUUCUCAUCCGGCCCCUUGGGAAAAUUAAUUGCCCACCCGUGUUAGACCCUCAACCUCCGAAUCCCUGCCGCUCGCGAUUGGUCAAACAUUCCACACCCUUACUCCAAUCAUUCUCUUACCUAACUACGACGGAUCACUACCUGACUAGUACAUGAUGGACAGGUGGUCAUUCUGACUUUCUUUUCCCGCCUACUACCACCCCCCUAAAAAAAUCACUUUCUUCCCCCUUCCCAGCACUAAGACAAGAGGGAAAAGAAGCCCCACAAAGUCUGGCUUCCUGUUGAUGUAUAUAUAUAUAAACUACACAAACGUGCCUUGCAGGUCUGCUAUGUCUGACCAACAGGCUAGGAUACAAUGAUUGUCGGCGUGUUGCUCUACCAGGAGUUGUGUUCAUGGAACGAUCUGAUUGUUCAGUGAAAGUUCUGCCACUCCACCAGAGGUUGGAACUGAGCUUCCAAAAACUGUCAUAAUAGCGUUCACCUACUUUUACAGAGCUUUCUUGACAUAUCGAAGAUUGCAUACAAUGACAAAGACAGUGAAAGCAUCUAUGCUGAUGGCAUUCACCUGAUCUCAACACGAUUGGCCACACUAACCAGGAACGCAAUGAACAUUUUGCUUUGAGACCAGUUUCCAUUUAUUAGUAUUAUGUCUGUGUUUUUAUUUUUUAAGCGCUUUGAGAUAGCUUAUGAUGGUGGGGUGAAGCGCUGUAUAAACUGACUUCAUUAUUAUUGUGAUUCAACAAAACAAGAAAACAAAAAAUAUCGGCUGUCCCACAGGAUGCAGACCUGUAUGUCUUUCGAUUUCCUAAUGACCCACUCGGUCUACUUUGUCUUGCAACAUCUGUUUGUUUGGGCUUGCUUUUGUUUUGCUUUUCUUUUUGGCAAAGUCUUUCAAAUAUCACUUUAAAAUCUGAAUAUGAUACAAGUGAUUUUACAGUUAUCAGCGUUUGCUGUUUUAUUUUUACGUCUAUUUGGUUUUUGUUAAAUACAGCGAGUUGUUGAAUAUGU